AUAGCAGCCAGGGAAGCGUUGAGAAAUAAUUACCUGCCUUGAUUGUUCUAUGGCUAGAUAAAAAAGUACACAUACACUCCAUAUAAUAAUCGGAUGCAUGUAAAAGAGUCGGGGAAGCUUCGACAUGUCGACCACGGGUCCCAUAAGUAAUUAUUAUGUGGACUCCUUGAUCAACCAUGAAAACGAGGAUGUCCUUGCUGCAGCUCGGUUCUCGGCUCCCGGUUCGCACCCAGCCGGCCCUCGUCCGACGUCCCUAGUACCGGAGUGUGCUGACUAUCCUUCCUGCAGCUUCGCACCCAAGCCACCCGUCUUCUCCACCUCCUGGACCCCUGUACACUCCCAGUCAUCAGUGGUUUACCAUCCAUACAGUCACCAACCUCACUUAGGCACAGACUCGAGGUAUAUGCGGUCAUGGCUGGAGCCGAUUUCAGGCGCCGUGCCUUUCCAUGGCUACCCGGGGAACAGCAGGCACUAUGGGCUGAAGCCCGACGCCUUUCAGGAGCACAGAGCCGCCGAGUGUCUGGGCUCCAGCGGACGGACCUACACGGAUUAUUUGUACUGCUCAUCCACUGACAUGCGAGACAAGACGCAGCAGAGUCUCCCAUCCCCCGAGUCGGAGCUCCUGGCUUCAGGAAAACAUAAAGACGAGAAGCCGGAGCUAGAUCCGAAUAACCCUGUGGCAAAUUGGAUACACGCCCGUUCCACGAGGAAGAAGCGAUGCCCUUACACAAAGUACCAGACUCUCGAACUGGAAAAGGAGUUUUUGUUCAAUAUGUACCUAACUAGAGACCGCCGAUUCGAGGUCGCGAGGGUCCUGAAUCUGACCGAGAGGCAGGUCAAAAUCUGGUUUCAGAACCGGCGAAUGAAGAUGAAGAAAAUGAACAAAGAAAAGACCGACAGCAAAGAACCGUAAUGUGGAACAGCAGUCAGACAACAACCAUAAUAACCACUAGUCACACGGACAGCACAGUUGUACCAAAACACACGAUGAUCCCCCCUCUCUCCUCCUCUUCAUAUUUAUCACUUUGUUGGAUUUUUGUAUUAACCUUUACUUCGAGACUGUCUGAUGCUGACUAUGUUAUUUUCCAGUGCACAUUCAUGUCUCCAACCUUAAAGAGGGAAAAAAGAGGAAAAAACUUUACAAGGAGAUAAUUACAUUCUGCUUUCACCUCGAUUUAUGUUUUUUUUGUAAGAGAAAUUAUAAAAGUGCAGUUUGGACACGUUAAAACUGUCUGAAGAAAGAGAAUACUUGAAUUCUUUUGAAUUUCACAAACCAAUAAUUUAUGAUGUGAAUGUUUUUCUUUCAUGUUAAUUUCCUUUGUACGUUGUUGUGCAGGUGUAGUAUUUUGUACAGAAACAGAGCAUCUGCAAUCGGACUCGUCUGUCUUGUAUUUUUGUGAUAGUUGUUGCUGUAUUUGUGCAUUUCUCUCUUUUUUUUUGGAUUGUAGUUCUUAACUAUAGAGUGUAGAUAUAGACCUCUGCAAAUAUAAA